AUGGCGAUGCCAGAUUCACAAGGAAGAGAUGAUGGUUUGAAGGGAAGAGAUGAUGAUUUGAAUGGACGAGAUGAUGGUUUGAAUGGAAGAGAUGAUGGUUUGAAGGGAAGAGAUGAUGGUUUGAAGGGAAGAGAUGAUGGUUUGAAGGGAAGUGAUGAUGGUUUGAAGGGAAGAGAUGAUGUUUUGAAGAGAAGAGAUGAUGGUUUGAAGGGAAGAGAUGAUGGUUUGAAGGGAAGAGAUGAUGGUUUGAAGGGAAGAGAUGAUGUUUUGAAGAGAAGAGAUGAUGGUUUGAAGGUAAGAGAUGAUGUUUUGAAGGGAAGAGAGGAUAGUUUGAAGGGAAGAGAUGAUGUUUUAAAGGGAAGAGAUGAUGGUUUGAAUGUAAGAGAUGAUGUUUUGAAGGGAAGAGAUGAUGGUUUGAAGGUAAGAGAUGAUGGUAUGAAGGGAAGAGAUGAUGGUUUGAAGAGAAGAGAUGGUGGUUUGAAAGGAAGAGAUGAUGGUUUGAAGGAAGGGGGUGAUGGCUUAAUGGGAAGAGAUGAUGAUGGUUUGAGGGAAAGAGAUGAUGGUUUGAAGGGAAGAGAUGAUGUUUUGAAGGGAAGAGAUGAUGUUUUGAAGGGAAGAGAUGAUGUUUUGAAGGGAAGAGAUGAUGGUUUGAAGGGAAGAGAUGAUGGUUUGAAGGGAAGAGAUGAUGGUUUGAAGGGAAGAUAUGAUGGUUUGAAGGGAAGAUAUGAUGCUUUGAAGGGAAGAGAUGAUGGUUUGAAGGGAAGAGAUGAUGGUAUGAAGGGAAGAGAUGAUGGUUUGAAGAGAAGAGAUGGUGGUUUGAAGGAAUGGGGUGAUGGCUUUAUGGGAAUAGAUGAUGAUGGUUUGAAGGGAAGAGAUGAUAGUUUGAAUGGAAGAGAUUAUGGUUUGAAGGGAAUUAGCAUGGGAAGAGAUACUCGUUUGAAGGGAAGAGAUGAUGGUUUGAAUGUAAGAGAUGAUGGUUUGAAGGGAAGAGAUACAGGUUUGAAGGGAAGAGAUACUGGUUUGAAGGGAAACGAUGAUGGUUUGAAUGGAAGAGAUAAUGGUUUGAAGGGAAAAGAAGAUGGUUUGAAGGGAAGAGAUAAUGGUUUGAAGGGAAGAAAUGAUGGUUUAAAAGGGAAGAAAUGA